AUGGACAACAUACACAUAUCUGGAAAGAAUAUCAAUGUUGCAUUCUGGGAGCCAAUCCUUCUUGUGAGAUUCCAAUAUGGUCCUGGUAAUGGAAAGAUAUCAAAGCCAAGUAAACGGGAGGUGAGACGAUUGUUGUCUCUUGCUCGGCCAGAAUGGUUGAGGCUUGGAGGUGCUGUUGGAUUGCUGGUAAUCUCAAGUGGUGUCACAAUGGCAGUACCAUUUUGUAUUGGAAAAGUUAUAGACAUAAUAUAUGACAGUGGUAAAGAUGGGAAUAUGGUAGAGAAGCUGACUUCUUUUUGUCAAGUGCUUGUGGGAGUGUUCCUAGUUGGUGCAGUAGCAAAUGCAGGCAGGGUAUAUCUCAUGUCUACCUCUGGACAAAGAAUCGUGAAAACUCUCAGGGAAAAGAUCUUUGGUUCGAUAAUGGCCCAAGAGGUGGCUUUCUUCGAUAAAACCAGGACAGGAGAGUUGAUAAAUCGUUUAUCCACAGAUACAACUUUGGUUGGCCAGUCAGUCACCAUGAACAUCUCAGAUGGCCUCCGAUCAUUUGCCCAGGGUGUAGGUGGUAUAGGAAUGAUGUUUUAUGUAUCACCAAAGUUGGCAACAAUUGGAUUGACAGUGGUUCCAGCAGUAGCAGUGGUUGCAAUUUUUUAUGGCCGCUAUUUAAGAUCAAUCACUAAACAAGUUCAAGAUGCUCUUGCAAAGUCAACAGAGAUUGCUGAAGAACGAAUAAGUAACGUUCGCACGGUGCGAGCAUUUGCCAAGGAAGAUCGAGAGAUUGCCACUUAUACUGGAAAGAUAGAAGAUGUAUUACAGUUGUCAUACAAAGAUGCACUGGCAAGAGGAGUAUUCUUUGGUUUUACUGGGCUUGCUGGCAACUUGAUAGUUCUCACAGUUUUCUACAAUGGAGGUCUAAUGAUGAAUGAGUCAGCACUUAGUGUGGGUGACCUCUCAGCCUUCUUACUCUAUGCUGCCUAUGUGGGUGUGGCUAUGGGAGGCCUGACUUCCUUCUAUUCGGAGUUGAUGAAAGGUCUUGGAGCCAGUACUCGUCUAUGGGAACUUAUAGAUAGGGCCCCAGCUAUUCCUUUAACAGCUGGCUACAGUCCCUCUACAGAAGUACAGGGUGGGAUCCAAUUCCAGAACGUCUCAUUUAGUUACCCAGCUAGGUCGGACAUCCCUAUACUUGAGGACCUGAAUCUCUCUGUACCUGCAGGGAAAAUACUAGCAGUAGUUGGUCCUAGUGGCUCUGGAAAGUCUACUAUAGCUUCUCUGAUUCUCAGAUUUUAUGAUCCGAAUUCGGGUAUGAUACAGCUGGAUGGGAAGGAUGUGAACUCUCUUAGUCCUUCCUGGUUGCGUAGUAACAUAGGUACAGUUAGUCAGGAACCCAUUCUGUUCUCAAGCUCUAUAGCUGACAAUAUCCGCUAUGGCAGUAACCACCCUGAGGAUGUAACAUUCGAUGAGAUCCAAUACGCAGCUAAACAGUCAAAUUCACUCAACUUCAUAGAGGCAUUCCCAGAGAAAUUUAAUACUAUGGUUGGGGAGCGUGGCGUCAUGCUUUCAGGUGGCCAACGACAGAGAAUUGCAUUAGCAAGGGCUAUUUUAAAGAAUCCAAAGAUUCUUCUGUUAGAUGAGGCUACAAGUGCAUUGGAUGCUGAGAGUGAACAUUUAGUGCAGGAGGCCCUGGAGAGGCUGAUGGUAGGACGCACUGUCAUCACUAUUGCCCACAGACUCUCUACCAUCAAGAACGCUCACAACAUAGCUGUACUGGAUGAUGGCAAAGUCAUAGAGAUUGGCUCGUACACAGAUUUAAUGGCAAUAGAGGAUGGAAUGUUUCGGAAGUUAGUUGAAAGACAAACAAUCAUGCAGUAAUGGAUUUUCAAUGAAUGCCUAUGUGGUCACCUUUUCUUCUCCCAAUAAUAAGAAGAGUUAAGAUCAUGUUUGCCUCACAUUUCCUUCUCUUAUAAUACCCCUCCCCUCCUACUUAUAACACAUUUCACAGAGUUCCUUUAUUGAAAUUAUUUCCAAAAUUACUAAAUGACAAGAAAUUUUUAGAAGUUAUUAGAUCCUCAGUUAUAUUUCACAAUUUGGGGGCCUUUAUCUCAAAAGAUCUGACAUUCAUUUAAGAAGUUAUGAAUUUGUGUUCCCUAAAGAACCCAGGGUGUAAUAAACCAUGCAUAUCUUAUGUUUCUGAACAUCUUCACAAAUCAAAUGGGAGAGGAAAGAAAUGAAAUGAUUAUGACCAUUAUUACAUUUAAAACACAAAGACAGUGAAGAUGUGAAGCAACCACCAUGAUGCGUAUAAAUGAUGAAUUACUCUAUUUAUUAAUGAUUAGUAAGUUGGUUAAUAGGUGGAUAAUGCCAAUGGAUAUGGUGUGAUUACUUGGAGCAAAUAUUAAUAUUAUGAAUUGUUGGUCUAUAUGACGUUGCAGUCCGAAUACUGAGAAUUAAAGAGUGUCGUGUUCUGCAUGAAUAUUGAAAUAUUCCUCAAAUUACUACAGUAGUUUGAAGAUAUUUCUUUGUUCCUCAGAGUGAACAUCAGCAGUAAGGCCAAGCCUGACUUAAUUAAUGUUGUGAAAUGAAAAUUAUAAUAAAUGUAAUAUAUUUUUUAAA